GCCAUCUUCCUUCCGACCUUCCUUCCUACAAGUCGUCGGCUUCCUCUCUUCGGUUGUAUAUAUCCCCACUGUAUCCUUUCUUGAUUAUCAACACACACACACAGCGGAAGUAAACUUCUCAGCAAAUAUUAUCAAUCAUCUCUUUAGCCAUCCCUUGCUAAGUUUCGACUCUGAUCUCAAAAGCUUCUUUAAAGGAGAAGUAGCUUCUUCUACAGUUCGUGUGGAUUUGGCAAGCUAUUUUUAAUCGCUGGACCUAUGGAUUAUACUAGUUUGGUUGAUACUUCACUGGAUCUCAAUAUUAAACCUCUCCGGCUCUUGGAUGAUGGUCUGAAACAAGAAGUGCAAAGCAAUUUAAUUGGGGGAACAACAGUUCCCGUCAACGAAGAGGCCGGUGCUUUGGUAGAGGAACUGAACCGAGUAAGCGCUGAAAACAAGAAGUUGACGGAGAUGUUGACAGUACUUUGUGAGAACUAUAAUGCUUUGAGAAACCACUUAAUGGAUUAUAUGAGCAAGAAUCCUGGAACUGACAACAACAAUGGAUCAAGAAAAAGAAAAUCCGAAAGCACCACUACCAAUAACAACAACGAUACCAUCAUUGAUGCUGCAACUAAUGGGCCCUCAGAAAGUAGCUCGAGUGAUGAAGCUUCAUGCAAGAAACCAAGGGAAGAGCAUAUUAAGGCCAAGGUUUCAAGAGUUUAUGCCCGAACCGAGCCAUCUGAUACAAGCCUGAUUGUAAAGGACGGAUACCAGUGGAGGAAAUAUGGACAGAAAGUCACCAGAGAUAACCCCUCUCCGAGAGCUUAUUUCAAAUGCUCAUUUGCUCCUAGCUGCCCCGUUAAGAAGAAGGUCCAAAGAAGUGUGGAAGAUCAAUCUAUUCUUGUAGCAACUUAUGAGGGGGAGCACAAUCACCCACAUCCAUCAAAAAUGGAUCAAACACCCUCGAACUCUACCCGAUGUGUAACACUUGGUUCAGUCCCAUGCUCAACAUCUCUCAGCUCAUCUGGACCAACAAUUACCCUGGACCUUACCAAGCCUAAAUCCCAUGAAGAAACAAGAAAUUCAAGUACUCGCAAGGUUAAUUCACCAGAAAUUCAACAGUAUAUCAUAGAACAAAUGGCUUCUUCCUUGACCAAAGAUCCGAGUUUCAAAGCAGCCCUUGCAGCCGCCAUAUCGGGAAAAUUUCUCCAGCAUAAUCAGACAGAGAAGUGGUAAAGAAGGAAACAGUAGUGGAAUCUAGUCAAGGGUUGUUGUCAAUUUGCUUGUAUUUGACUAGUCGAAGAUCGAUGGGACCAAUUUGAUGUAUAUACCACAUUAGAAAAUUUGAAGUUGAUAGUA